GCCGCUCCUCCGCCAUCUUCAACUUCCUAUUGUUUGCAUCAGACUGAGGCUGUCUGCGGUGUGUGUGCGAGAGCAGAGUCGGCCACCGAUUUAUCAUUAAAUAGUAGAUUAAUAGCCUUUUACGUUCACGGUCGCUCAAGUUCAGCACAAACCAUUUGUAUGUCAUUGGAUUAAAGAAGCUCUCAGGACGCGACCACUAAACCUUGAUGAUGGAGGACGAUCAACCCAGAACCUUGUAUGUGGGGAAUCUGUCCAGGGAUGUCACUGAGCCCCUCAUCCUGCAGGUCUUCACACAGAUAGGACCUUGCAAGAGCUGUAAAAUGAUAGUGGAUACUGCUGGAAAUGAUCCGUACUGCUUUGUGGAGUUCUAUGACCACAGGCAUGCCGCUGCCUCACUGGCAGCCAUGAAUGGAAGGAAAAUAAUGGGUAAGGAGGUCAAAGUCAACUGGGCCACGACGCCAACCAGCCAGAAAAAAGACACAAGUAAUCACUUUCACGUCUUCGUUGGAGACCUCAGCCCAGAAAUAACUACAGAAGACGUCAAAGCUGCCUUCGGUCCAUUUGGCAGGAUAUCAGAUGCUCGUGUUGUGAAAGAUAUGGCUACAGGGAAAUCUAAAGGCUACGGCUUUGUGUCUUUCUUCAACAAAUGGGUUAGUACAGAGACGUCACUCACCACAUUUUCCGUACUGCAUCGUCGCGUCAGAUCUCGUUGGAUUAACGAUUCCCUUUCCCUGUUCCAGGACGCAGAGAACGCCAUUCAGCAGAUGGGUGGUCAGUGGUUAGGAGGCAGACAGAUUCGAACUAACUGGGCCACAAGAAAGCCCCCCGCCCCAAAGACCACCUAUGAAAGUAACUCCAAGCACCUAUCCUUUGAUGAAGUAGUGAGUCAGUCCAGCCCCAGUAACUGCACUGUGUAUUGUGGCGGCGUCAGCACAGGACUGACAGAGCAACUGAUGAGACAGACCUUCUCUCCCUUUGGACAAAUCAUGGAAAUCAGAGUUUUCCCAGACAAAGGCUAUUCGUUUGUGAGGUUUAACUCUCAUGAGUCAGCAGCCCAUGCCAUUGUGUCAGUGAACGGCACCUCAAUAGAGGGCCAUAUAGUCAAAUGCUAUUGGGGUAAAGAGACUCCGGACAUGAUGAACCCGAUGCAGCAGAUGCCUCUGCCCCAGCAGAACAAGAUGAGCUUCCCUGCGGCAGCCCAGCCCUACGGCCAGUGGGGCCAGUGGUACGGCAAUGGGCCCCAGAUCAGCCAGUAUGUCCCGAACGGGUGGCAGGUCCCCACCUACGGUGUCUACGGCCAGGCUUGGAACCAGCAGGGCUUCAAUCACUUACCGGCCAGUGCUGGGUGGACUGGCAUGAGCGCCAUCAGUAACGGUGGGGUUAUGGAGCCUACACAGGGAUUGAAUGGGAGUAUGCUAGCCAACCAGCCCGGUAUGGGAGCCGCAGGAUACCCCACACACUGAUAAGUGGGCAGGGUGGGAGAUUUUUCAACCAUCAGCUUCUUAUUGGCUGUACGGUGCCCCGCGGGGCUGUGUAACACCGCCUCCAUUUGUGGCAGGACUAAGACUUUUACUGGGAUGUGGAACCUGAUGGGAAGGUUGACAUCUAUAGGAGAUGUAAAUGGGAUUUCAUGGGGGCGUGGGGUGGGGGGGUAACGGGAGCCAGGGAGGAGCGAUUUGACCCUCACAGGUAUUUACACCUUGUGGUAGGUGAGACUGGCCAUGGACCAGGGCUCUUACCAUUUUUAAGUUAACUGUAAAUGAGUAUAAAACUGUAAAGGAGAAACUUUUUGAAUUUUUUUUUUUUUUUUUUUUUUCGGGUUUUACAAAUUGCUUCCAUUUUCGCAUCUUUCCUCUCAGACAGCCACCGAGAGGUUUGUCUUCUUUUUUCUUUUUCUUUUUGAGAAACCGUUAAAGUCUGAGUCGUGCUAAGUUAUGAACCUUAGUUAUUAUUUGAGGAAUGGAAAUCUGUUUAAUUUGUUCUUAUUUUCUCUUGGAUUAAAAUCAAUUGCAGGGAUUGUUGCCACUGCUGUUUCUCUGUAAGGGCAGAUAAAUAUUGCACAGUUUUUUCCUCUCUUGUACUUUGGGACAAAUUUGACUUCAAGAGUGUUUUUCUUUUUUGCAUUCCAUUUCUCCUUCAUAUCUUUCGGACAGCCUCAAAUCUUUUCGCCACGUGUAAAUAACCAUAAAUUCAUUUGGAACAAUGUAAGUAAAAUGCUACUGUUAACUGUGGGUGCUUGCUUUUCUUUUUUGUUUUGAUAACGUGACAGUUAACUCCAACAUUGACCGUAGCGGAGUGGCACUAUCUAACGUGACACUGGCACAGUGCAACACACAAUUCUUCCAUGCAGGGAUAAUACGGCAUUGCCAUGCUGUGCAAACUUAAAAUGUAAUACAAUUCAAAUGUUAAAGGGUGAACAUGUUUGACACUUAUGAUGGUUUUUAAAUAUCUAUUGAAACGCCAGUAUUUUAUAUCAAAAAAUCUGAGUGGAUUCAACCUUUACACUUGCUCUUUUUGCCAGAGAAAUGGGGAGGCCUACAUUUUAACUGUUGCCUUAUAGAGCUGGUUUCUUUUUGCUGACGAGAUACUCUUUUUAAUUGGGCAGUGCCUACGGACAUUUUCAGACCCUUUUGUUCAGAAAGGUGUUACCCCUGAGAACUGAUGACUCUGCUACUGUAAUCAAUGUUUUCUUGCUUUGUCCAAUUAAAAUGCUAAUGCACAUAAA